ACACGUCAGAUGCGCAUUCAGCAGGAUAUUCCUGACUACCGUUCUCAAGCAGUCUCCGAGUAUAUUUUAAUCCGUUAAAAUGGUGUAUAAUUUUAAAGUGUUCAAGAAGUGCGCACCAAAUGGAAAAAUAACGUUGUAUAUGGGAAAACGUGAUUUUGUCGACCAUAUUUCUUUCGUGGAACCUAUAGAUGGCGUGGUGCUGUUGGAUGAGGAGUACGUACGCGGACGAAAGGUGUUCGGGCAGGUGGUGUGCACGUUCCGGUACGGUCGCGAGGAGGACGAGGUCAUGGGCCUCAACUUUUACAAGGAACUGUUCCUCGCCUCCGAACAGAUAUACCCGCCGCCGGAGAAGAGGCCUUUUGAGCCCACCCGGACACAGGAGAGGUUGAUUAAAAAGCUGGGUUCGAUGGCGUAUCCGUUCCGGUUGAGCGUACCGGCGGGCGCGCCCGGCUCUGUCACGCUGCAGCCAGGCCUUGAGGACGAGGGCGAACCCUGCGGCGUGCAUUACUAUGUCAAGUUGUUUGUUGGGGAUUCCGAAAUAGAUCGCUCACAUCGCAGGAGCACAGUAGCGCUUGGUAUACGGAAGGUCCAGUACGCGCCAGAGAAGAAGGGUGCCCAGCCUUGCACCGUGGUGCGCAAGGACUUCGUGUUGUCGCCCGGCCAAUUGGAGCUCGAGCUCACUCUCGACAAGCAGUUAUACAUGCACGGAGAAACAAUAGCUGUGAAUAUGAGCGUUCGGAAUAAUAGCAACAAGGUGGUGAAGAAGAUAAAAGCGAGCAUCCAGCAAGGCGUUGACGUUAUGCUCUUCCAGAGCGGACAGUACCGGAAUGUGGUUGCAUGUGUCGAGACUCAGGACGGGUGUCCGCUGCAGCCGGGCUCCAAUCUGCAGAAGAUUCUGUACCUGACUCCGUCGCUGCAGUCUAACCGCGACAAGCGCGGCAUCGCUCUCGAUGGACAGCUCAAGCGCGGUGAAACCACACUCGCCUCUACCACAUUGCUGUUGGACCCGGAGCAGCGCGACGCGUUCGGCAUCGUGGUGAGCUACAGCGCCAAGGUGAAGCUGUACCUGGGGGCGCUGAACGGCGAGCUGGUCGCCGAGUUGCCCUUCAUACUCAUGCACCCUAAGGAGGGCCGCGUGAAGAUGAUCCACGCCGACAGCCAGGCGGACGUGGAGAUGUUCCGGCAGGACACGGUACACCAUCAGGAGAGCGUCGAGGUCUAUUAGUUGCGAGCUUGCCUUUACACCACUAGUAUUUACAUUAAACUUAUAUAUAAUACGAGUGAAAGUUUGAAGAAUUAUAUAAUGCUUGUCUUCAUUAUAUAUGUAAUGUGUAAUAUGAUAACAAUAUGUAUAAUUUUUAAACUAAUGCAAGUGUACCAAUGUAACUUAUGACUAUACAAAUAAAUUCUACAAUUUUAUGAUA